CUCUCCCCCCUCUCUCUCUCUCUGCUGUCAUCCGGGUCGCUUUCAGCCUCCAGCCGCUCCGUGUUCGGCUCGGUACCACCGCCCAGGAUCGGUGCUGCUCGGCGGAAUGCUGCCUGGAGACUCGACCCAGCCCCGGAGAAAUCCGCAUCAACCCCCCGCAGCCUCCUGGAGACCACCAAGACCCGGGCUCUCCUCCUCUCUCAGUCCCGUGAGAGGUGGCGCCUGGUCGGGGAAGUGACGAUGAUGAGGAGAAAGAAAUGGAUUUAAGUAACCACUGAGUGAGGACUAAAAGAACUGGCGGUCUGGUGAAGACAUGAGCAAACACCGAUGGAGUCGUCUCUGAACACCGUGGAGCUCCGGGAGCUGCGAGGAGCACGGAGAGGCCCGUCUCCAACGCCGGCCUCCGGGUCCUGGACCGCUGCAGGGUCCACGGCCCGGGGCUUUGAGAACGCCUCCUACCAGCAGGACGAGGAGCCAAAGAGCCCGCAGGAAGAGCAGGCUCCCCCGGCUGUUUCUCCACACUGCCAGCCCUCCACAUCCAAUGACUGUAAACAGGUGGUCUCGCCUCAGUCUUACGAUGAUGAUGAGGAAGGUUCAGGAGGAGGAGCAGGAGGCGCAGGAGCAGAUGGAGGUCAGGACUUCACGGCGUUCAGCCCGGCUGAAGACCAGUCGGCUGACUACGGCUUCAUCCUGGCUCUGGUGUUUCUGGUGAGCGGGAUCGUCCUGGUGGUCAUCGCCUACACCAUCCCCCGGGAGGCCAAGGUGGACCCGGACUCGGUGUCUGCGCGGCAGAUGGAGAAGCUGGAGAUGUACUACGCUCAGCUGGGCUCCCACCUGGACAAGUGCAUCAUCGCGGGCCUGGGUCUGCUCACCCUGGGGGGGAUGUUCCUGUCGGUGCUGCUCAUGGUGUCCAUCUGCCGAGGCGAGAUGUACCGACGCAGGGCUGCGUUUGUCCGGCCCAAGAGGACUUACGGCUCCGUCAACCUGAGGUUGAAGCAGCUGGCGACCGGAGAGGCGGGAGGAGGCGAAGGCGGGGAUGGAGGUGACGGGUUUCUGGUGGAACCUGCAGAGAUGCAGGACCCCAAAUCUGAACCUGGACCAAGCAGACAGCUUCCUGCUGCUGCUGCUUCGACUUCAGCUGCUGCAUGUGGAGUGUAACUGAGUCAGGGCCCUGUUGCAUUAUGGGUACCCAGUUCUGUGCCCACAGAGGAAGCACAUUGUUAGCACACAGKUUUCAGCUGGAGGGACCCGCCUUUUAUCCCAGCUGAGACGAACAGAACCCAAAAAACUAAAAGAUAUUUAUUCUAACCGAACAAAACGGAUGUAUGACUUCACAACAUAGGGCUGGAAGAGUUAGAGGAUGAUGAUGAAGGUAAGACUUUGGCACAUUCAGAGAGGAUUUAGUGCACAUCAAAAAUCUGAGUCUAAUCAAAAACACUUUCACAAUAAAAGCACAUUAUUAAAAAGAAGCACCGUAGGGAGAUUGACACUUAUUUUGAAAUGUUUGAUUUUCAAACUUCUCAAUAUGAUAUYAACAGUAGCUUUAUUCUGAAAACUUGCAUAAAUAACAAUCAAAUAUACCUAAUUUGGCUAUACAGAAUGAUAGUUUGUAUAAAUCUACGGGAAAUACGAUAUAAUUAUUGAACUUAUUCAGUGUGAUGUGAGCAAUUUUAAGUUAUUUUCACUGCCAGCAAUAAAGAUAAAUAAACAACCUCCUAAAAUUUACCUAAAAUGUUGCAAAAACACAACAAAGCUGCAUUAAGUACUGUAUUUUAAUAAACAUACUUACUGUAGGUGGCACAGCUGAUUCUGUAUUUAAAGGAGCUCUGAGUGUUUUCAUCUGGACGAAGCCAAACAAAAAGUUUGCUUUAGAGAGSAACAAACCUUUAAUAACUCACCGCCUGCUUCUCUGUUUUCUAUAUAAACUGAUGUUAUUUAUGUGGUGUAAGAGUACAAUAUGCCUUAAUGAGUUAUCACACUGUAAAUUGUCUAUACACUUAUAAUAAUAUGCUGAUGUAUGCCAGUCUGUAUAUUGAGCCAGUUAGCCAAGGACCGUGUAGCCACACACACACACACACACACACACACACACACACACACACACACCUCGCAUUUAUAACUGAGCAGGUGCUUUAAUUCCCACACCUGAAACUCGCUCACUGAUUCAACGCCGUUCUGCUGCUGAACUUCUUACAGCCCAGUUUGAAUUCACACACAGGGAUGCAGGAUUAGAAAUACUUGGAUCCAUUUUGUGUUUUUUUUUUUUAAGUCUUUUUGUUUUUAGAGCUCAGUAGCAACAGAACGGGUCGUUAAAACAAACAUCCGAGUGAGGAAGAAGGAAGGCGGGGAACAUUUAUGAUGAACGUCUGUGAUUUAAAUCGAAGGUUAUGUCAUGUAAAGUCUGAAGAAAUUGCAAAAUAACUAACUUGUGAAUGUUUCGCCGUUUGAAUAUUCUUUGCAACUUGCAGUGUUUUAUACAAAAUAAAUAAAUUAAUAAACUGACAA